CUUUAAGGCAAAGGGUCCUUACUUUGUUCUUUUAAACAGGUCAUCCCUGGAAAUUGCACAUUAUCCUCCAGAAGGCCCUGAGAGCCCAGGUCUCAGCCUGAGUUCUGGGCUGGCAUUUUGGUCCCAGCAUUAACAUUCUAGUGGUGUGUCAUUUCUCCAAUAGCAGCUUAUAAAUUAACCAACUUGUACAUGAUUUUCUGUUGGGACAGAAAGGCAAAUUAGAUGGUGGAGAAAGAAGUGGAAAGGAAAUUUAUCCAGAAGAAACCUGAGAAGAUGAUGAGCAGAUAGAGGGGCAACAAGACUUGGAAAUCAAGUUGCAUCCAUCUUCAGUAAAGUACAGACUGAGGAAAAAAGCAGUGAAUGUAAGAAAAUUGGAAAAAUACUUCUUCUGAUCUCAGACCUUUUAUCUUUUAAGGGAACAUUCUUUUUAACUUACCUAGAAAAAAUUUGAAACACAAGACUUAAUAGUGAGGGACAUUGUGUAGGAAUAAAUCAUCAAUUUUAUUGAUUUAAAAAUUUUGCCACACUUUCUCCUUAUGGUAAUAACCCUCUUUAAAUGUAAAUCAGUAUGGAAAUGCCUUCAGUUAAAAUAGUUUGAACCCUAUCAAAUACCAGAACAUUCAUACUGGAUUCAUACCUUAUGAAAUAAUUGAAUGUGGGAAAACUUUCACUGGUGUCACACCUUAUGAAAUGAAUGAAGUCAGGCUGGAGAAAAACCCUGCGCUUCUAAGGAAUAUUGAAAAGCCUUUAGCUAGAUGACAUUUCAUUGAGCAGAAAAAAAUUCAUACUGAAGAGAAACCACUGAAUAUAACAAUUAACUGAGUAUUAGAAUAUUUAUACUUUGAGAGAAAGCUUUGAAUUCAGUAAGAUAAAGUUUUAUCUUAAAUCUAUCCCUUACUUUACAUUCGAAAGGUCAUACACAGAGAAGCUCUACUAAUGUAAGAAAUGUGGAAAUACCUUCAGCCAAAAGUAAACCCUCAUUCAUCAAAAAAUUCAUACUGGAGAGAGAAUUUGUGAAUGUUGGAAAGCUUCCUUUCAGAUGUCACACCACAGUCAGCAGAGAAUCUGUAGUGGGGAAAACCCCUUUGCUUGUAAGGUAUGUGGGAAAGUCUUCAGCCACAAAUCAAAUCUCACUGAGCAUGAGCAUUUUCAUAAUAAAGAGAAACCUUUUGAAUGUAAUGAAUGUGGAAAAGCCUUCAGCCAAAAGCAGUAUGUCAUUAAACAUCAGAACACCCAUACUGGAGAGAAGCUUUUUGAAUGUAAUGAAUGUGGAAAAUCGUUCAGCCAGAAGGAAAACCUUCUUACCCAUCAGAAAAUUCACACUGGAGAGAAGCCUUUUGAGUGUAAAGAUUGUGGGAAAGCUUUCAUUCAGAAGUCAAACCUCAUCAGACACCAGAGAACUCACACAGGAGAGAAGCCCUUUGUAUGUAAGGAGUGUGGCAAAACCUUCAGUGGCAAAUCAAACCUUACUGAGCAUGAGAAAAUUCAUAUUGGAGAGAAACCCUUUAAAUGCAGUGAAUGUGGAACAGCUUUUGGCCAAAAGAAGUACCUCAUAAAACAUCAAAACAUUCACACUGGAGAAAAACCCUAUGAAUGUAAUGAAUGUGGAAAAGCCUUCUCUCAACGAACAUCACUUAUUGUACAUGUGAGAAUUCAUUCAGGUGAUAAGCCUUAUGAAUGCAAUGUAUGUGGGAAAGCUUUCUCUCAAAGUUCAUCUCUUACCGUGCAUGCGAGAAGCCACACAGGUGAGAAGCCCUAUGGAUGUAAUGAAUGUGGGAAAGCUUUCUCUCAAUUCUCAACCCUUGCUCUGCAUUUGAGAAUUCACACAGGUAAGAAACCUUAUCAAUGUAGUGAAUGUGGAAAAGCUUUCAGCCAGAAGUCACACCAUAUUAGACACCAGAAAAUUCAUACUCAUUGAAAACUCUAAAUAUCUUGAAAAUUGGAAAGCAAUUCGAUGGAGUUUACACCUAUGGCAAGCACAUCAGAAGUAAUCGUUCUUAAGGAAAGGGUCAGAAAUGAGGGAAGCAAAAGCUAAAAACUUAUGGGAUACCAGAGAAUUCAUACUGAAGAGAAAGACAUAAAAAUCCUAUGCCCAACAAAAUCCCACAGUAAAAGUAAUGCUGAAACUUCAGACACAUUUCCACUAAAAUUGGGAAUGGGAAACAUGCUUAUCAUUACUGUCUAUCUGCCUAGAUCUGGAGAUCUUCACCAUUGUAAUAAGAACAGUAAGUUGUAUGUGUUAGAAAGGCAAAUACUUUUAUGGUAUUGUUUUAGCAGAACAGAAGAGAUUUUGGAAUACCUAUGCAUUUAUUAGAAUUUAGAAUUGGAGAAGAAAAUGGGACUGUUUAAAAAAUGAUUUGGAGGUGAUUUGUUCUCCAAGGAAAAAAAGAUCAUGAACUAUGCAUAAAGGUAAAAUCCAUGGGGAUUAAAAACAGGAAUAUGGCUCAGCAGAUGUUGCUCAGUGGUUGAGCCUCAACCCAUGAACCAAGAGGUCAAUAAUUCCAUUCCCACUCAGGGCACAUG